AUGGCAACUGCCGCUGAUGCCCCGGAUCUAUCACUCCACAUCAGCCCACCGUCACCAACCGGCAAGGCCUGGAGCGGCCGCGGGGAUGAAAUGGCCAUCUCUGCGGAGUCCACAGAGCUCUGUCUAGGGUUUGACAUGGCGACUGCGCGACAGUCAGGCGAGGUCCGCAAUGGCCACUCCGAUCUUGAGCAGCGGCUGCACCAACCUAGCCAGAUUCCGAGAUUCAAGAAGAGCUCCGCUGACAGCCAGGUGGGCUCCUCCGGCGGUGCGGCGAGAUCUGGGAAUGGUGGCAAGAAGAGCUCUAGGGCUCCAAGGAUGCGGUGGACGACGGCGCUCCAUGCACACUUUGUACAAGCGGUCCAGCUCCUUGGCGGCCAUGAGAGAGCAACACCGAAAUCAGUCUUGGAGUUGAUGAACGUGAAGGAUCUCACACUGGCUCAUGUCAAGAGCCAUCUUCAGAUGUACAGAACAGUCAAGGGCACUGCUUCGGACAGAUCAUGUGCGGCAGGCCAUGGCCAGAUAAGGGACAUGGGCUUUCUGAGGAGAGAUGGUGAAGUGCAUGGCUUUGACAUGUUUAGCAACAUCAUUUCUAAUACAAGAAGGCCGCCAUGGGCGUCGCCGGCGGAGCAGCUGCAGCCGCCGUUCGUGCCGGAGCAAGGCGGAGGCGGCCCGCCGCUACCAAGCGCCUACCUCAUGUCCAUUCACCAAUACUUGAUGAAGCAAAACCAGGGAUGGAGAGGUGCACAGCAGCAAGAUGCUUCACUCAAUUGCCCAGGACAGGACAGAGGACAACGUCUGCAUGUAGGCGCACGCCAUGAUGAGACGCCCAGGAUUGGAUCGUCGACAGCAGGUUUUGCUCGGGGAUGGUCGUCGUCGUCGUCACUAUCGCUGUCGCCGUCGCCGUCGACCCCACUACAAAUGAACGGCAGGAACGCCGGCAGCACCGCAGAGCAAGCAUGCAUGAAGCAGCAGCAGGCGCCAUCAAGAGUACCCAGCCUGGAGAUGAGCUUAGGGAGGCAGGGGUGGCAAAAUGCCAUUGAGCAGCAGCAGCGGCAAGGACAGCCCAGCGUGGAGUCCUCGGCGUCCAAAGAGCUAACCCUACUAAAGUGCUUGUGA